GGCGGUACUGCAGGCGGAAGUGCUGCACCUGUUGAAGCUUCCUCCUCUCGGUCGCUCAGAAAUCUGCUUAAAAAAAAACACCUGAGAAGCUUCUGCAGACUCGCCGAGAGUUUUGUCGCUUGUCAGGCAGCAAGAAAGCGACUUUAUGGACAAACUGAAGAGGGUGUUGAGCGGUCAGGAUGACGGAAACACGGAGGGACCGGGAAUACUGGAGAGAGCCAAUCAGGCGUCGACGCUGGCCUGGGGGACGAGGAUGAAGGGCUUCCUGAUCUGCUUCAUUCUGGGCGCGUUCUGCUCCAUCCUGGGUACGUGUCUGCUGUGGCUCCCAGGUGUUGGUCUUCCUGUGUUCGCUGUCUUCUACAGUUUGGGAAACAUCUUCGCUCUGGGCAGCACCAUGUUCCUGAUCGGGCCGCUUCGGCAGGUGAAGACGAUGUGCGCUAAGGAGAGAGCGCUCGCCACCGUCAUCAUGCUGGUGUGUCUGGUGUUGACGCUGUGUGCUGCUUUCUGGUGGAAGAAUAACGGUCUCGCUCUGCUGUUCUGCAUCCUCCAGUUCCUGGCUUUCACCUGGUACGGCCUCUCAUACAUCCCGUUCGCCAGGGACGCCGUCCUCAAAUUAUUUUCAAUGUGUGUCUAGACCCCGCCUCCUCUUGUCAUCUGACCAAUCAGGAAGCAGGAUACUGUGUGGUGAGCAGGUGUCAUCCCUUCCAUUCAACCUUUAAACCUGCGACAUCAGAGGUGGUUUCCAUGGAGACGAGUUAUCUCCACACGGUGUCACAUCUGGACUGUUUAUAUUUAUAUUUUUAUAUUUUAAUGAAGCUGCACAGUUUUUCUACAUUUAAGAACAAAACAGAAACGACUUUAAUGAUUUAAAUGAAGAAACAAUAAUAACAGAAAGAACAUCAUCAAGUUUGAUGAAGCCUUAAUCUAAAGUAGAGAUGCAAAUAUUAAGACAUUUCCUUCAUCGAUAGUCGGCCGCGUUAACAAUCAAUUAUCGAUUGAUCAUUAAUCAUUUAUGAAAUACUGUUUUUAAACCACUCAGGUGACCUGAACAUGAAGAAUUUAAAGAACAGAUCAAAUAAAAACCAACUUACUUGAAUGAUAAAUUAAAUAACUCCUUCAACAAGAUCAUUUUCUUCUGUAAACAGAAACAUUAUUGAUAUUUUAACUUGAGCUGCAGGUUUUAAACCUGCUUUAAAUCAGCUGCAGCAGAUGUUUCUGUACAUUUACAUUCCCUCCUUUAAUAUUUUAACUUUAAACCAACCAAACAAGCAGUAAAAAUAAAUGUAAAUGACACAAUUUGACUGUUUAGUACCUAAAACUAAAAUAUCCUCUUAUGUGUCUGUUUUAAAAGAGAAAAGUUUGAGGAUUAAUUUUAGUAAAGAGCAGCUAAAAGAUGAGUUGUUAUCAUAACGAGGCUGUAAAUGUGAUGUAGUCGUGUACUCCAGGGUGUGUCAGUACACUGUGAUGUCACUGUUGUGGGCGGGGUUACAGGUGUCAACGCUUAUAUUCCCUCAUCUGGUGUUUUGAUGAUGGUGAUGGCUGAUUGAUUAGCAGUGAUCCUUCCCUCUAAAGGGGGACAAGUGGACC